AUAAUCAAAAAUCAAAUUGCCAUUUGACACUUAAGUUAGUUUUUUUAAUUUUGAUUUCGACGUGCUAUCAUCACACAAUUCAAGAUGAAAUUUUUCCAACUUUUGUGUUUGGUUGGUGUCCUGGGAUUAUGUAGUGCUUAUCCUUCAAGAUACAGAUUGUAUCCUCGAAGUUAUAUGCUGGGUGGUUCUGUCUAUUCCAAUCCAAGGUAUGUAAGGGAGGGAUAUGACUAUGUUGCUCCAGGCCAAAUGACAGCGAUGGUUAUUGGAGACACCGUUGCCACCAAUUCGUAUUCUGGUACACCGUAUAGUCAUCCAUCGCCAGUCGUACCAGUUUCAGUCGAAUCACAACCUGAGAUUCAAGAUGAGCAAGUAUCGGAACAGGUGACUGAAAAACAGCAACCCCUUUUAAUUGCCGUACAAGAACCAGAAUCCAUAAACGAGACCGAAAAUGAAAGUCCUUUACAAAAUGAACAAGAAACAUUGUUUACUUUGGAAGAAGGAACCACCGAAGUCCCUAUAGUAACAACCACUACUAGAGUUCCAGCAAAAGCUCCUGGUAGAAAAAUAAAAACAGGAAAAGCUAGAAAACCUACUACAACAACUGCAGCUCCAGUAGCUAACGAAGAAGAGGAUGAAGAAGAAGAAUCUGGAGUUCCUGCCAACUGGCCAUUCGGAAAUACAGGAAGGGGAGGUAUUCCAGCCUAUAACGCCUUUUUCCCUAUUUUCAUCGGAGGUAGCUCACCAUCCGGACGAUCCCGAACGCGUUCUGCAAAUGCCGAAGACGCUGGUGGAUAUCCUGGAUCUGCCACGGCAAUUGCCAACUCGUUUUCCACCGGCAAAGGCGGCGUUGCCACAUCCCAUGCUACAUCGUUCGGCGAUCCCUAUGCCGCAACUAUGUUGAGGAAUGCCGGCCUGUUCAAUUUCAGAACGAAGGCUGUUAAGAAGCAUGCUAUUUUAGAAGAUGAGUGAUUUUGAAUGCGUUUUUGUGUAUUAAAUUUAGAUAUUAUGAAAAAAUCGUUUUUUUAAGUUUAACAGAAGUUAAAAUAUAUGCGUUUAGUAUAUAAUGUAAAUUACCAGGUAAUGCAACCAAAAAAUAUAUCAAAUUUUGUAUUGUACAAAAUAUAGUAAUAUAAAUUUAAUAAAGAAUUAUACACUGA